AUGUUUAUCCAACCUCAAAAAGACAAUGGACUUACUUGUCAAACUAGGUUUCAAGUUAAAUCUAGAAAAGAGUGUUCUCGAACCAACUCAAUCAAUUACGUUUCUCGGAUUACAAAUCGAUUCGGUAUCAAUGAAGCUUCUUGUUCCCAAAGAAAAGAAGAAAAGUGUCAUCAAGGAAAUAAGAAACUUUUUAAAACUAGAUUGUUGCUCCCCAAGAAAGCUUGCUGGUUUAAAAGGAAAGCUAAUCGCACUGAAGGAUGCAGUCAUCCCAUUCAGACUUUACACUCGUCGAACAAACAAGUUUCACUCUCAGUGUCUGACUCUAGCCAAUGGAGAUUGGGAUCAAUCAUUCCCCAUUCCUCAAGAGGUCAAGUCAGAGAUUUCUCAUUGGUUAACAGUUCUAAACCAAUGGAAUGGAAAAGAAAUAAGUCUGUUUCCAAGCUACGACUAUGUUCUUACAAUCGAUGCCUCGGAAUCAGGUGCAGGUGCCACACUCAAGAAAGGAAACAAGGUAAUCAAAACUUGGUCAUUCCAGUGGUCAACAACUCAAUCAAACAUGUCGUCAAAUCGUCGAGAAAUGCUCGCGCUGCUAAUGGCUUAUCAAGCGCUAUGUCAGAAACUGAACAACUGCAAACUGAAGAUUCAAACCGACAAUACUACCACUCUCUCUUACAUCAAUCGCCAAGGUGGUCAAAUACAAAAAAAUAA